GAAGUCGAUCGAGAGAGAUGAUCCAGCUUCUCUUCACCGUGCUGGCCGCGGAGGCCGCGCUGCUCUUCAGCACUACGCUCCGCAAGCUCGUCGUCAUGGGCGUCGACCACCUCAAGCGCGGCCGCGGUCCCGUGGUGGUCAAGACCGUGGCCGCCACGGCCCUGGUAGUCUUCUGUUCCAGCCUCUAUAGCAUGGCCAAGAUCAACCGCCGCUCCGUCGAGCACGGCACGCUCACGCCCACCGACCAGGUCCUUAUGAGCCGCAACCUGCUCGAAGCCACCCUCAUGGGUUUCAUUCUGUUCCUUGCGCUCGUAGUAGAUCGCCUUCAUCACUACGUUAGAGAAUUGCGUUGGCUGAGAACCAGCUUGGACUCUGCGACGAAGCACGACAGAGCAUUGUAACAAGAAACCAGCAGACUCUCCUAAAUUAGAUUGAUUAAUUUGUGUGGAAGAUCGACAAACACUUGUAAAUUUACUAGUAUAUCAGGCCAUUAACUAUCUAUUAUUCUAUUUUAGUUAGUGCCGUGAUCUAUAUAUGGUUG